GAGGAAUACGCUUCCGAAGCGGCGCUGACGGUAAGAUGGCGGCGUCCAAGGUGAAGCAGGACAUGCCUCCGCCCGGGGGAUACGGGCCCGUGGAUUACCGGAGGAACCUGCCCCGGAGAGGACUGUCCGGUUACAGCAUGUUUGGGAUCGGCGUCGGGAUCCUGGUGUUUGGAUACUGGAGGCUUUUCCGCUGGAACCGCGAGCGCAGGCGUCUGCAGAUCGAGGAGCUGGAGGCUCGGAUCGGGCUUCUGCCGCUGCUACAGGCCGAACAGGACCGACGAACGCUGCGGAUGCUGCGGGAGAACCUGGAGGAGGAGGCUGUGAUCAUGAGGGACGUUCCCGGCUGGAAGGUCGGGGAGAAGGCGUUCCACACGGACCGCUGGGUCCCUCCGGUCACAGAGGAGCUCUUUAACCUUCGACCCCGUGAGGAGUUGCUCCACAAGAAGUUCGGCUUCCAGUGGUACGUGUAGGCGGCAGCUAUCCCAGCAUGCCCUGCUGCACAGAGGCGUGUUAUUCUGUUCACACUGUAAAUGUUUCCAUAUUAAAUAUCUGUACUUUUCCUCUCA